UGAGUUGCAUCGCGAUGUGUUUGGUCAAACUGUAGAUGUGCCUAUACAUAUGGCACUAGAAGAUAUUGAGUUUGUUUGCACGUCUCAGAAACUUACGAACAAUGCUAUAGUCUUAUUCAUCCGAUUUUUGUAUGAAAAAUUGGAUGGCGAUGCACGCAAAACCAAGUUCGGAUUUAUGAAUCCAGCGGCAGUUCACUUUUCAGUCAAUAAAACAGAACUCGUGAAAAGUGUAUUAAAUAGACUGAAAGAUUCAGUGCCGAGUCGAAAAUACAUAUUUAUUCCUUGUAAUACAGGAAUUCAUUGGGUACUAAUUGUAUUUUUCGAUGGGGUAUUUUAUUACUUAAAUUCGUUGGAUGAGAAGUGUAGAUACAAACUAGAGGAGCAAAUGAGCACUGUUUCAAAAGCUUUAAGAAAAUUAGGUGUCAAGAUCUGA